AUGCUCUUCACCUGGGACUGGAAAAACACUUGCGUGGUGUAUAAGUGGUGGCACGUGAAAACGUUGGCCGGGUUUUUGGGCACGUUGGUCGCCAUCACGGCGCUUAGUAUGGGCUACGAGCUAGCCCGGUGCUGGAUCUUCAAUUGGAGAAACAAGGGCGCCGCGUUUAACGCCUCCAACGUUUCGGGCAGGUCUUUCAAGGCGUUCAAGGCAAAGCUGUCGCUUUUGUACGCUUUUCAAGUGGGCUACUCCUUCAUGUUGAUGUUGGUGUUUAUGACUUACAAUGGCUGGUACAUGUUAGCUGUGGCGCUCGGCGCCGGAAUCGGCCACUACUUGUGGGGAAACCACUCGGAGAACUUAUCCUUGUCGUGCCAUUAA